AAGGUAAAUAGUCCACGAGGAAAAUCGAGAAUGAAUCCACCUAGGCCACCCUCCCCCUGUUGGAUGAAGGCACGGAUAACCUUUGCAGUCAUUGGAUUGUUAGUGGGUGUGUCCGUUUUAUUUGUUUUUGGAGUCAAUUUUCACAACUGGAACGUGGCUUUGUGGGGACUUUUGUCAGGAAUAGCAGCAGGGUUGUCAUUAUUUAUACACAUAGCAUACAUAAAACGUUACUGGGAGACAAAUCCUUAUCCACUGAAGAAAUGGAUGCUGAGUGGUUGUUUCAUACAGCUGGCGGGAGUGUGCGGAUUUGUGACAUACCUUACUCUAGCAAUUGUAAAUAAACAGGGGUUAAUUAUUGAGGGUCCUGGCUACUAUCUGACCUGUGUUUGGUGCUUUAUGACAUGGAAAUGGGGAUUCUAUGUGUUCUACUUCUCCCGGUCCUAUAAACGUUUGUAUCAACAAGUUUAUACCAUACUACCAAAGAAUGAUGAUGAUACAGACUACCGAUAUUAUACUUAAGUUAAUGAAUAGUCAACAUAUUGAUUUUACUUUCAUUUAAAAACAGUUUAUUUCUCAUGCAUUUUUAUUUCAUAUUGUACAUAUCCAUAAAAAUUUGGUUGAUGUAAUUUCAGUGUUACAAACAGGUAUCAGCUAAAUUUGAUUCAAAGCAUUCUAUUUCUUGAUGCAUGGGUUUAUGAUUGUCCAUGUAUUCUAAUUGUCGUUGAAUCCUUAGAUAAGGUGAUAUAUACUGUUUGGUCUACAAUUCAUAGUGUUCAAUAUUCUAGGCAUUUUUUUUAUUAGCUUUGAAACUUUACAUUUUAUAUUGUCUGUGUAAUGUUUGCAAACAAUUUUAAUAUUUUAUGAAGCUUAAGUACAAGCAGACCAAUUUUUAUGCCCCCGGAUCGAAAGAUCCUGGGGGUAUAUUGUUUUUGUCCUGUCUGUCUGUUUGUCUGUCUGUUGUCAACUUUAACCUUGCCCAUAACUUUUGAUUGGUUGGAGCUAUGACUUUCAUAUUUCAGAUGUGUAUUCCUUGUGAUAAGACCUUUCUUUGGGUACCAUCAUAUUUGACCUUUUGACCUUGACCUUGGAGUUUGACCCACUUUUGCAAAAUUUUAUGAGAAUUUAACCUUGGCCAUAACUUCUGAACAGUUGGUGCUUGGGGUUUCAAACUUCACAUGUGUAUUCUUUGUGACAAGGCCUUUCUUUGGAUACCAACAACUUUGACCUUUUGACCUUGACCUUGGAGUUUGACCUACUUUUGAAAAACUUUAUCCUUGGCCAUAACUUUUGAACAGUUGGUGCUUGGGGUUUCAAACUUCACAUGUGUAUUCCUUGUGACAAGACCUUUCUCUGGAUAUGAACCUCUUUGACCCUUUGACCUUGACCUAGGAGUUCGACCUACUUUUGAAAAACUUUAACCUUGGCCAUAACUUUUGAACGGUUGGAGCUAGGGCUUUCAUACUUCACAUAUGUAAUCCUUGUGACAUCGCCUUUCUUUUGGAUACCAACCACUUUGACCCUUUGACCUUGACAUAGGAGUUUGACCUACUUUUGAAAAACUUAAACCUUGGUCAUAACUUUUAAAUGGUUAAUGCUAGGGCUUUCAUACUUCACAUAUGUAAUCCUUGUGACAAGACCUUCCUUUGGAUACCAACCACUUUGACCUUGACCUUGACAUUUUACUUACUUUUAAAAAACUUUAACCUUCGCCAUAACUUUUGAACAGUUGCAGCUAGGGCUUUCAAAUUUCACAGGUAUAUUCCUUGAGACAUGACCUUUCUUUGGGUACAAACAUUUUUUAUCUUUUGGCCUGGAUUUUGACUUGCAUUUGAGAAACUUUAACCUUCACCAUAAGCUGCCAUAUGGGGGCAUCAGUGUUUCACAAACACAUCUUGUAAUACAUGUAUAUAAAUCAAAAGAAACCCCACAUUCAGGGCAUUGUAAAAUAAAAUAUCAGAACAUUGAUGUCUUAACAAUCUAGAAAAUUUGCAUGCUAUUACAAAAACCUUUAGUUAUGAGGUUGUAAGCAUGGAAUUGUCUUCACUAGCAUCUGUGUGAUACACUUCUCACAUUUCUUUUGCGAGGAGUAGAAUGGAUCAGAAGCCUUUAACUAGAGAAGAGCUAGUGAACAGACAUUUUCCCUUUUCAAAAUGAAUUCAAAAAAAUAUACCAAAGACACACUCACACACAAAAAACAAAACAAAAAAGUUGUUUAAAGAUCUUUUCAGUUUCUCACACAUAUUCUUGUUUUUACAUUUUACAUAAUUUUAAACAAUCAGGGAGAAAAUAUUGCACAUACUUAUCUUCACAUUUUCACACUUUAGCUCAAUGCACUGGUUUGUGACAAGUUUUGAAUGUUUCACUCUUCUGUCUUUUCAGGCUUGUAUUUGAGUGAGAGUGAUUAUAAGCCCCAGAUAGAUGAAAAUUAAACUGUGAAUAGUGCCAAAAUUCCAUAACAGAAUCCCACAAUUCUUACUUUGUACUUAUCAGCAUUAUGUGAUUGUCUCACACUUGUCUAUGUUUCAUUUAUCACACAUUUAUGGGCUGUGCAGAAAUACAGUAAAUUAAAAUAUGCUAAUUAUAUAUGGCAAUGGCAAAUGGCAAUUUUGAGCUGAUUUGAUCAAAAUUUAAUUGAUGUACAUACAUUAUGUAAAAAGCGACUGUGAUAUAAUUGACUUCUAAGUUAUGUUCAUACAGUGUGCAUCUUCUUGUUUGUAAUAUAUGUGUUGCAGAUUGUGGCAUAUUCAACUACUACAUGUAUCACAAUAAUUGUUAUUUAAAUUAUAGAGAUUUUCAAAAUAUAAUAUAUGUUAAUUUGUA